UUGAAACCUAUCGGUUUCUCAAGGUCAAUUAAGGCGCACGAGCUUGUAAGACAGCGUCGUUCUUCGGGCUGAAGUCAUACACAUGUACUCCCAUCAGUAAGAGUUGAAUGAUGUUCGCUUACUCUCGGAUUAGCGUUGUAAGGUCUAUCCCGUUAAUAAGAAGCUAUGCUUGUUCGUGCUACUCAAGACUUUUUACGACUAAGUCAGAUGCAAAUGAAUCAUCAGAAAACUGCGUCGUUUCUGAUUUUCCACUGCUUAAUGAAGCUGUAAAUACAAAAAAUUUUGAUUUAGUAUCGAAAAUAGUUGUGGAACAGGAUCCUUUCGAGGUUAAACGCAUACGGAUCCCUAGCGAAAAUUCACAGUUCUCUCCUAAUCUUAUUCCUUCACAGUCACACAGGCGAAUGGUUGGAUGCAUCUGUGAACCGGAAGCGGACUCUAUCAAUUGGUUAGAAUUAGAAAAAGGCGACCCAGUUCAGUGUUAUUGUGGCCACUGGUUUAAAUUAGUUAAUUAUGAAGACUACUUUAAUAUGACUAAUCAAUAAAACUGUUCAUAAAUGCGUUUUAAUCUAUUAGUUUAGUUUGCUACCAUAUUCAGUAUAAUAUACAUUGCCAUCUUUGAAUAACUGAAAACUGUAUCUUACUAUUCAGUGUAAUAAUAAAUGCCAAAACUAAACUGCGUAAAAAUAAUCCUAAUUUAAGUAGUAUAUACUCAAAAUG